AUGAAAGUCAGCAAAGUCAUGUGGGUGUUGUUAUUAUUUGUGCUUAUAACGACUUGUUUUUGCUACCAACUUCAGUCACCCUUUUCGGGGCAUCCGAUGUUGUAUUUUGGGUCGGAGGAUGUGGCAAAUCUACGUCGCAAAGCUGUAACAACUCACAGGCACAUCGCUGCGGUGUUAUCCGACGCAGCAAACAGUAUGUUAGAAAAACCUGAUUACUAUUUACCUUCAACCGAUUACGACGUGUUUGCAGCCCGUUGGAAUGAAGUUUACGGCAAUAAUCUGUGCGCAUUGGCAUUCUACUGUGUGUUGUUCCCAGACGACGUCAAGGCCAGGAAACUUGCCAUACAGUUCAUGGACAAUUUAGUGGAGUUGCCGCAAUGGCAGGUAAAGGAAAUACCAAAAGACGAAGUGCCCGUAGCACACACUUUUAUCGGGUUAACAACAGCUUUUGAUUUUCUACAUGAGUACUUAGACGAAGGAAGGCAUGAAAGAAUGCUUAAUCGAAUCAAGCAAGAAACCAAAGAGUUUGACAGGUUUGCCAGGAUCAGAUCUUGGGGAAAAUUUUACCUACAGAAUCACGUUGCCACGAAUUAUUUAGCUUUAAUCCAUGGCUGUUUAGUAGUUCAACAAUAUGACGACGCCGCCGAUAAAUGGAUGCAAGAGGCUGUGACUAAAUUUGAACGUACAAUGUUUUUACUUAAUUUUAUUGUAGACGGUUCUCUAGACGAAGGAGUUGCGUAUGGUACGUACACUUCAAGAUCUCUCACUCAGUAUGCUUUUCUUUCAUUGAGACAUUGGAAUAUUGAUCAUACUAAAGACUUCUGGUUCCAGCAACAUUUCUGGUUCUUUUAUAACACAAUGUUGCCAGGAUUUCAAAGGAACGUUGCCAUUGCCGACAGUAACCAUAACUGGUUUUACGGCCCUGAAAGCCAGUUAGUGUUUCUAGAUGCUUUUAUCAUGAGGAAUGGCUAUGGUAAUUGGUUAGCCAAUGAAAUUCGCCAGCAUCGCCCAACAGUCAAGGAACUGAAACACAUCUCCGCCUCAAGUUCACAAAAAUGGUGUACCAUUCACACUGAGUUUUUGUGGUACGAUGCAAGCAUAAAACCUAAACCGCCACCAGAAUAUGAAAAUGGCAAUCUACAUACUUUUACAGACUGGGGGGUGGUAACAUAUAGCAAAAUUAGUUCACAAGAUGACAAGGAAACAUUUUUGGCAUUUAAGUCUGCCAAAAUCCAUGGAAGAGCCAUAUUUGAUAUUGUUAACAGUGAUAGAUACAAGUCGUGGAUUAACGGCUGGAGUAGUUUUAAUCCAGGACAUGAACAUCCAGAUCAAAACAUGUUUAUAUUUGCUCCAAACGGACAGCUCUUCAUAUCAGAUGCAUUGUAUGGGCCGAAAUACACUUUUCUAAAUAAUGUAUUAACGUUUGGUCCAUCCGAAUUGAGUGAAUGCUUUGAGCCUUGGAUUGGACAGCUGGGAGAAUGUUCCAAGUGGCUACAGUGGAAGAAACCUGAAGUCGGCAAAUCUAAUGGGGAAGUCAUCACGGCAACAAAAGUGGAUGAAAUGGUACAUAUGAGCGGGGAAGCCAAAAAUGCAUACCACAGUGAUUUAGGUUUGCAAAGUGUUUACCGUAAUUUAAUAUUACUAAACUCGAAAUCUCUUGUUGUUAAUGACCAUAUUGCAGUUACUUCUCUCAGUUCAGUCAAACAUGUCAGUGCUUUCUUCCACAAUACGGAUGUACCAUUUCAAAGCGACUCUUUUGGGGAGAAAGCUCAAGGAGCUAAAAUUACUGUUAAUGGGGAAGACUACCAGAUGUUCUGGAUGAAGUAUGGUGACCUUUCUGAAGUACCCGUAAAACUACCAAAUGUAGUAGUGACUUCAUUGCCAGGUGCAGGGGCUGAGAUCGUCUCACAAAUGUUUUACCCAAAUCCUGACUUUGUGUACUUAACUGUACCGUCUCCGGCAAUACGAAAUGUGGAAACUGAACUGCAGAUGGAUGGUUUUGUGGAUGCUUGUACGUGGAAAGAUGUGAACGAACCACGGUUUUCGCGCUUGUCAAAUUGGCUAAGGACGUUAUUGGAAAACCCAGCCACGCUUACUAUUGAGAAAACGAUUGAGAGUACUGAUAAUGAUAAAAAUGGCAAUGCAAAGCCUGUAAACGAUGAACUAAACUUGUCACCUCUUCAGCCGAGUGACGUCAACUUCAAAGAGUACAACGAUAAAAUGAUGUUGGAACAUCUUGAAGAACACCCACAUGCGUUACCAGUUUUGCACCUAAGCAGCGGAACUUGGCCUUUGAAGUUGCCAUGGUUACAUCGUAAUUUAGGUGACAAUUUGCAUAGUCUGUAUAUUAUAUGCGAUCCAAGAUUGUGGAUAUCCAACAUUUUGGCAUCUUCUGAUUCUAAAUCCAUCUACAACCAUUUGAAUUUACAGCAAUAUCUACAAAAUAUGUUUGAAGAAAUCGAUAAAAAUACUUUCUGCGGCCCCAAUAAUGGUUAUGUUUGGCAUUUUGAACAACUGCGACGCAUCUUAAGCAAUGCAAACCCUCCACCCCAUCGCAUUCUGGCUUUUUUAUGGUUAUCGCAUGUGCAAGCGGUCAUGGACAAUAUAAAGACCAAGACAGACAGAGAAAUGAUUGUAAAAUUUGAAAAUAUUAUUAACCAUCCUGAAGAGACUCUUAAAGAAGUAUACAAGUUCCUAGAUAUGCCAGUACGUCCUAUGGUAACACAUCAGCUCAUACAGGCAGCAAAGACUGGUGCAUUUGCUAUACCUUAUCUCGGAGUGGUGAACCAAGACUCUACACAGCUAUGGAAGAAACAUCUGUCAACUGACCAAAUACAAGAUAUUGAGCACAUCUGCUCAUCGUUAAUGAAACAGUUCAAAUACAAGAAGUGGAAACAGUAA